UCCCGUUGACAUUGGUGAUGCCUGUGAGCCCGUGUUACGUAUCUUUUUAGUCGACAUCCAGCGAUUGCAACGGAUUGUCAGACGCUCUCAGAGUUGUGCUAGUCUUAUUUCAUGAUAAAAUAAAAUUUACCGAAUUAUUGUUAAAUUAAAUUUUCGAGUACAUGAAGAGAAAGUAAUAUUGACUCCGCAAUAUUGAUCGAUCUUCGCUUCGAAAAAUAUGGCGUCCAAGUUGUGGGAAGCAUUCAGCAGAAAACGGGUGGACGAGAGCUCGGACGGGAAAGGAGAAUUGGCAAGAGUCCUGGGUCUUCUAGAUUUAACAGCUCUAGGAGUCGGUGGUACUCUCGGUCUGGGGAUCUACGUUCUAGCUGGUAGUGUCGCCAAGGAGACUGCAGGCCCCGCUGUUUGCAUCUCCUUUUUUAUCGCUGCUUUUGCAUCAGCACUAGCAGGCAUGUGUUAUGCUGAAUUUGCUUCCAGAGUACCUAAGGCAGGUUCAGCUUAUGUGUACAGUUAUGUCACCGUCGGGGAGUUCAUCGCUUUUGUUAUUGGAUGGAAUCUCAUCCUAGAAUAUGUUAUUGGUACAGCAAGUGUUGCCCGUGGUCUCAGUAAUUACGUAGACUCCCUUAUCGGGAACGUCAUGCGAAACUACCUCCACUCAAUUAUGCCCGUUAACGUUUCUUUUUUAUCCACGUACCCUGAUUUUUUUGCCUUCAUCGUUGUCAUGCUGCUGGUCUUACUACUCUGCAUCGGAGUACGCGAGUCAUCAUACCUGAAUAUGGUAUUCACAGCUGUGAAUCUGAUAACGAUUUUGAUUAUCAUCGUGGCAGGAUCUUUCAAAGCUGAUCCCGCCAACUGGAGUAUUUCCCCUGAGAACAUUCCUGAAAAAUAUAAGAACGUUGGAACUGGUGGCUUCAUGCCGUUCGGCAUCUCCGGAGUGAUGGUGGGUGCAGCCAAAUGCUUCUACGGAUUCGUCGGGUUCGAUGCAGUGGCUGCUACCGGCGAAGAAGCUAAGAAUCCCCAGAAAACCAUUCCCAUGGCAAUUGUCCUGUCUCUCACCAUCUCCUUCGCUGCUUACUUCUCCAUUUCCACGGUCCUGACCAUGAUGUGGCCUUAUUACGAUCAGAGUCCAGAGGCACCUUUUCCGUAUGUCUUCGGCCAAAUCGGUUGGCCAGUGAUCAUGUGGAUUGUCAACGUCGGAGCUGUCUUCGCAUUGUGUACUAGUCUUCUGGGGGCAAUGUUCCCGUUACCGAGGGUUCUGUAUGCUAUGGGGAGUGAUGGAAUUAUCUUCAAGUUCUUGGCGAAGGUCAAUGAGAAGACGCAGACGCCGGUAGUGGGGACGAUUGCUUCUGGACUUCUGACAGGAAUCAUGACUUUAAUCUUCGGCCUCGAGCAGCUAAUCGACAUGAUGUCCAUAGGGACACUCCUAGCUUACACAAUCGUCGCCAUUUGUGUUCUCAUUCUGAGAUAUCAGAACACAAAUACAAGCCUCAAGCUGUCGCCAAAUGACAUGCUGGAGGACGAUCCGACCUUCUUCGACUACUUCAAGCGAAUCUUCAACCUAUGCAAUCAGAAAGUUGCGACGGAAUUCUCAAGUGCAGUAGCAGGCUGGGCGAUCCUCACAUUCUCCUGUCUUGCCUUCGUCUUUGGUUUGCUUUUGAAUCACGUGAAUUUCAGUGGAGAUGGGCUCCACGUCAUAGGAAUCGUAGCUUUGGGAGUUAUUCUUGUUAUGAUCUUGUUAUCCAUGAUCGCUAUUGGGAGGCAGCCGGUGGAAGACGUAAAUCUGGCAUUCAAAGUUCCCUUGGUGCCCCUCAUUCCCUGCGUCAGUAUCCUGAUCAAUCUAUUAUUAAUGCUUCAGUUGGAUGCCUUCACGUGGGUGAGAUUUGUCGUCUGGAUGGCAGUAGGAUUCGCCAUCUAUUUCCUCUACGGUAUUCGACACAGUGUGCAAGGAAUAGCGAACAAAAGGGCUCAUGACUACACUGAGCCAGUGAGAAUAACCACCAAAUUUUAAGUUAAUCUACUAUUUUUCUAAUUAUACGAAGUAUUAACAAAAAUCACUGUUACUCCAUUCCGGAGAAUGAAGAUGCAUUUACUUGGUGAUGAUACCAAGAGAGGAUCCAAAUGAGGAACCGUAAAUCGAAAUUAUUCGAUACCAAAGCGUUUUAUCUUCCAGGUUCUCUACACCACAAUCUUUAAAGCCUAAAACAUGUGAUGGGCAGCGAUGUCUUUUGUAAAUAUUUUAUUGACAAACAUUUCACAUUUGAGCGUAAUUUAUUCAGUAUUUUAACUCUCACUGUACAUACAUAGUAUAAAUGGCUGUAAUAAUUAUUUUGUAUCUCCCCUCCUUUCCCUAUUAAUUAAUGUCACUCUCAUGGCAAUUGUACAAAAAUAAUAGUAUUUAGGAAUUAAAAGUCGCGUGAUAUAUCAUCACGGGAAUGUCUUCAAUAUCACAAAAAAUAUAUAAAAUAAAAAAAAGCAUGAUUAGUUCGUCUAACAGCAGCUUAUGUUGAUUGCCCAUUGAAAACGGGGAAAAAUACAUAGUCUUUAAAAAACAACAUGAUUAAUCAUUGACUAGUGAUUCUAAGGUUCAGGCCGUGUUUCUGAUACUUUGAAAUUUAAGCUUUUCAUUAUUAUUUUUAGGAUUGAGAAAAUACUGUGAUAUUUUAUUUCAACGGUUUACGAUAUUUGGCUUUAAGGAUUGCGAUUAGAGUCCACCAACAGUGAUGUGCUGCCAGUUUGCCUGCAAAUUUAAGAAUAGAAUUUUCCAAAAAACAAAUCAGAGCAGAUAAACCUUAAGAACUAACUACAAACUGGUCAAGAAUCAAGUUAACUCCAGUUUUCAAAUGUGUUCUAUCAUAUCCUACGAUAAACUUCUCAUGAAUUCCCCCCGAGGAGAAAUAGUAAGAGACAAACUGUCGAAGUAAUAAAUACGUAGGAUUGUCCUUCUGGUUAAUUAAAAAAACAUGCAGAAAA